AUGGGCAAUGCUCCCGCAAGACGACGAGUCACCAGCACGGCAUCCACCGAAAAUAAUGCAGAUGUACAUGAAGCUGUCACGACCCUCAAGGCCAUGAGGGAGCCCAAAAACAUUGGUUUUGAGCCGACUGUGCUCAUGACCGUGGAUGAUGUGGAAAGUCGCCUCCCAGCCAAGAGCUUCCUUCGGCCUCUCCUCCGGUCGCUCCGGCGCGUUGCUCGCCACGAGACAGACGUCGUCAUGGUUUUGCAUCUGGCUCUGUAUUUCACCACAUCCGUCCCGAGUGCAGUCUAUCUGUAUAUGAAUUUCUCAUAUCUCCACGGCAUUCUCCAUCUCAUCAUGCAAUUCUAUUAUCUCGGCACCUACACUCUUAUGAUGCACCAGCAUAUUCAUCAGCGUGGAAUUCUUAAUAAGAAAUUUGGGCUUUUCGACAAGCUGUUUCCAUACAUUACAGAUCCGUUGAUGGGCCAUACGUGGAACACGUAUUACUAUCACCAUGUCAAGCACCACCACGUCGAGGGCAACGGUCCUGGCGAUCUCUCAUCGACGAUUCGAUACCAGCGCGACAGCGUGGUUGACUUCUUACGCUAUCUCGGCCGUUUUUAUUUCUUGGUUUGGCUUGAUCUACCUCUGUACUUUCUGAGGACGCGACGGCCUAAUUCCGCGUUUCGCACUGCCGGAUGGGAGCUGUCAACCUACCUAUUUUACUUCACCAUGUCUAAGCUUUGUGGCGCCAAGCCAACAUUUUUCGUAUAUGUGGCGCCCUUCAUGAUCAUGCGACUUGGUCUGAUGGUGGGUAAUUGGGGACAACACGCCUUUGUUGAUCCAGACGAGCCAGAUUCGGACUUCCGCUCCAGUAUAACGUUGAUAGAUGUGCCAAGUAACCGAUUCUGCUUCAAUGACGGGUACCAUACAUCGCAUCAUUUGAAUCCGAUGCGUCACUGGCGCGAUCAUCCCAUCUCGUUCCUGGAGCAAAAGGAAACGUAUGCCAAAGAAGGCGCGCUGGUCUUUCACAACAUUGACUUUCUCAUGAUCACAGUGCGGCUGAUGAUGAAGGACUAUGACACUUUGGCAAAAUGCUUGGUGCCGAUGGGAGACCAAAUCAAGCUCAGCAUGGAGGGACGCGUGCGGCUACUGAAACGGCUGACCAAGAGAUUUACGGAGGAGGAUGUGCGGCGCACCUUUCCUCAACGGUAG